AUUACGCUAAAGUGAGUCACGGAAGGAGGGGGCAGUGUUAGCGUCCUGGGCGUGUGAUACUUAAACUGGAGAAUAAGACUAGUAGGAGUCAUAAGCCAUUUACAACUUCACUUGUGUGGUUUGCUGGUCAAGGUAGUGUAAAAAUAGGCUCAAUUGCUGCCGAGAUUUUCGGGAGGUUAUUACCAUUUGAACAGUUCUUGUGUACUCCGAAAGAAGUGGCGGAACCCUGUCUUGACUUUAAGUGUCACUGAUCAAAACAGAGUGUACAAAACCACCCAGGAAUUCUUUUUGUUUCAGAAGGACAUUCUGUAGCAACUGCUAGACGUGACUACCUUAUUUGAGAGAAAUUCCAGCAUUUUCAAGGAUCUGAAGUUCACCGGCUUCUUUUCAAUGUGGGAUAAAGUUUUGUUCCUUCCGCCAGGCUGAAUUUGACCAGGUUGAGGACCUCUCUGAUGGCGGCUUUCCUGUUUGGAUUGUUUUUUCUUGUGGUACAGCCACCUUCUGUUCCUUCCAGACCCACUGAAAGCAAAGAUGGUGGUGUUGCUAAACAGGUUUUAGAAAAUGUGGUACAUGGGGCUUCCUCACACCACAGUGACUCAGAGCUGCCUGUUCAUUCUAAUGGAACUAUCCAACAACUGCCUCAAACCAUAAUCAUUGGAGUAAGGAAAGGGGGUACAAGGGCCUUAAUUGAAAUGCUCAGCCUCCAUCCUGACAUCACAGCAGCAGAAAAUGAGGUUCACUUCUUUGACUGGGAGGACAACUUUAAAAAGGGAUUUCAGUGGUAUGUCAGCCAAAUGCCUUUCUCUUUCCCUCAUCAGAUCACAGUUGAGAAAACCCCUGCCUAUUUCACUUCCAGUAAAGUGCCAGAGAGAAUUCAUCACAUGAAUCCUGAUAUCAAGCUUCUUCUAAUACUAAGAGACCCAACAGAGAGAGUCCUGUCAGACUAUACGCAAGUUUUUUAUAACCGUCUUCAAAAGCACAAGCAAUAUCAAUCCAUUGAGUCAGUUCUCAUUAAGAAUGGGGAAAUUAAUUUGGAGUACAAAGCUUUAAACAGAAGUCUUUAUUACCUGCACAUGCAGAACUGGUUGAAGUACUUUCCUCUCGACCACAUUCAUGUGGUAGAUGGAGAUCAGUUAAUCAAGGACCCUUUUCCUGAAAUGAAAAAAGUUGAGAAGUUUUUAAACCUCUCACCUCAAAUCAAUACAUCAAAUUUUUAUUUCAACAAAACAAAGGGCUUUUACUGCCUGAGGGAUCAUGGCAGAGAAAGGUGUUUACAUGACUCAAAAGGAAGGGCACAUCCUCAUGUAGCCCCCCAGAUACUCGACAAGCUGUACAAUUUUUUCCAUGAACCUAACCGAAAAUUCUUCGAACUCAUUGGCAGGACUUUCAGUUGGAAAUAAUCUGUAUCUGUGUCUAGCAAACUGAGCCCAUUCCAGCAGUAUAAACUAUGUGUAGUAUUCAAAGAUAAUAAAUCUUAACUGUAAAUUACCACUGUACAGUAUAAAUAUUAUAUAAGCUAAAUAUAUUUUUUUACGUUUCAAAAGUUAUAGUUUAAAAAACAAUUGUAUGAUUCAUUUUUAUUUUGUAUUUUAUUUUUCAUAGAAAGCAUGGUUCCUACUUGUAAUGCAAUUAAAAUUGUGAAUGUGUGUUUUCUGUAUUUUGAUGCCCAUAGAAGGGAUGGCUUGGUUUUGUGGAUACCUGUGCAAGUCGAUUAUUUUUGGUUUUCGCGGUUUGGGCAGUUUAAUUUUUAUAUACUAUUUAAUAACACAACUUUAGUUUUAUUUGCACACAGUCUGACAUAUUCACAGACUUUUAGGAUUGUAUUAACAUAAAAUCACUUUAUUAGCCCUAUACAACUUCUUGCAUUAGGAAUUCAUCUUUUUGCAUACCCCAGAUUGCUCUC